GCCACCGCACAGAGCGGGUUUGUGUUGCAUACAUUGUUGUGUGGAUUGAUGGUUCUACAUUGUACAACCUAUCGCUGUGGAUAGCCUGGUCUCACCAGUGGAUACAAGGAAUGGAACAAAUGCAAGUGGAGGAAAAGAAAAUGAGCCCAGCAAACAGACAAUGGAUUUUAGUACUCCUCUCUGUUGUUUUACUCCUCAUCGUCAUAGCACUGACGUCCGUGGUCGUACACCGCUCCGCCACAACACAAUUACGAGCCAUCAAGGAACCAACUUUAAGAGAACGUUUCCCUGGCUACUUCCGGUAUCCGGAGGAACAGACAGCUUUCGAGAAGCUUGAUCGUCCUUCAACCCCAGUGACGUCAUUUCCUAAUGUGACCCUGAGCAGCGUGUCCCAGCAGUGUUCAGCUCUUCUCCCCUCACCUUCUGUGCCGAUUAACCCAGCGAGGGAAAUAGAACAUAACGCCUGUUGCACAACGGAGGCCUCCUACAUCUCGCCCCAGUACUGGGUGGAUAUAGGCAAUAUUAACAGGACAAUGGCUGUCUUUGAGGAUGAAGUAGGCGUAGAAGCGAAGCAGUUCUUCCGUACAGAAUCAUGCAAACAAACCGAUGGAUGCGACUUCUGCACGUGCUCAGUAAAAACAACUUACGUGACUGGAGUGUGGAUGACCGGAACGGAAUACGGGGUGUCCUGGUUCGCAAUUGACGGGUGCUGCAAGUGUUUAAACACUUGACGUGGUGAUGAACAGAACGAUUGCCAUGCUACUCAUCAUUACUCAGAAUGUACCUGAAACAUUUACCAGAAACCAUUUACCAUUUCAUUUCAUUACAAUCUACGAUUUGUUUUUAUUUGUUUGAUAUCGUACACAGGAAAACUUGAAGGUAAAAGCAGCAAGAUUUUCUAAUGGUUUCACAAUGUAUCCACCGUGAAAGGGGCAUUAUUUUCCCUCCAUGAUCAACUCUGCCUUAGUAAUAUUAUGGUAAAUAUCCUCAUAAGAAAAGUAUAAUACUUUAUAGAUAACAACUUAUGGAUAUAACAAUAGCUUUCGAUAUAGCUUUCGUUAUAGCUUUGAAGCUAUACCGAAAUGUCGCAUCAUAAUAACAUAAAGACGUUAUUAUCCAUAAAGUAAUAUACUUUUCUUAUUAUUCAUGAACUUCUAAAAUGCCAAUUAAACAGGUAAAUAUCCUCGACUAAUUACCGUCAUACCUUAGACAUUUAGAAAGUGACUUCACCAACGAAAUCUGUCUCUUAGCACAGUAUAUCGAUUGCUUCAGGGAAUAGUGUUAUAUGGGCGUUGGUCUGGUGUCGAUGCUUUUGAAUCAGGCUCAAACCGGAACGAUUUUGGCUAAAGGGGCAAGGGUAUUUAUACACACAAAGAACUUAAUUAAGCACCCCCUAUAAUUUUGCAAUGACAGGUUUUCAACACUUAUAUAAAACUUCUCGUGGUGACCACGAUGGAAAUACAAUGCAGUUUUUCCGACUCGUAUGAUCCUUUGACUCAUAAAAAACGACAAAAUAAUUGGAUUUUAUGAUGAUAAUUGCUCAUUUUAAAAAUAAACAAUGAUUUUCAUGCAAAAACAUGUCUGUAGAGGUAAGGUCCUGGGAUGUUUAAUGUUGAAUUUAUUGGUCUAGGGUAUUAAUAGUUAUAUCUGAAAAAUAUAAAUAAUGUAAGGGGUUGCAAUCUAACUCGAAAACUACUAAGCAUAUAAUACUCAAUGAAACACAGAUCAUAAUCAAAACGACAGACCAACUCUGUGAUAUUUUUACAGAAUUUAUGUCCUAAAAAUAGAAAAGCUGUUUAACAAGCUGUCAUUAAAAUAAGUACACAGUUUACAUAGAAUAAAGAAGUUGUAUAUCCAUAAAAAUAUUUCUGAUUGUCCAUAGAAAUAUCAAUAUUUUUACGAUUUGGGUGUCAUAGGUAACUUACAACUAUGCCGAAGAGCAUUGUCUUGAUGAAUUUAUUAGAGAGAUUCAAUUUGGGUGAGAUUCGAUCAAGAAACUGUGAACAGUUGAACAAAUAAAUGACGUUACCUUAA